AUGGCGAAUGUUGACCUCCGCACAAAAACGAUACGGGACGGCGUCACGGCCGAGGAGUUGUUUCAGAGCGACGGCCUCACGUACAGCGACUUCAUUAUUCUUCCGGGAUUUAUUGACUUUGGCGCAUCAGAUGUGCAGGUUUCGGGGCAAUUCACGAAAAAGAUCCGGUUGCAUAUUCCCAUCGUCUCUUCCCCGAUGGACACCGUGACGGAGAGUGAGAUGGCACGCACGAUGGCGUUGAUGGGGGGCAUCGGUGUGCUCCAUAACAACUGCACCGUCCAACACCAGGUGCAGAUGGUGCGGAGUGUCAAGAUGUUUCGUAACGGCUUCAUUAUGAAACCCAAGUCGGUGGGCCCGGAAACGCCCAUCUCUGUCAUUCAUGAGAUAAACGCCGAAAAAGGAAUCAGCGGUAUCUUGGUGACGGAGAAUGGCCGACACGACGGCAAACUGCUCGGCAUUGUCUGCUCAAAGGACAUUGAUUUUGUGAAGGAUGUGUCAUUGCCGGUGUCGCAAUUUAUGACAAAACGCGAAAGCAUGACAGUGGAGCGGUACCCUAUUCGACUAGAAGAGGCGAUGGAUGUGUUGAACCGCAGCCGACACGGGUACCUGCCAGUCUUGAAUGACAAGGGGGAAGUCAUGUGCCUCUGUUCUCGUCGGGAUGCCGUGCGUGCUCGUGUCUAUCCGAACAGCAGUCUUGAUCGUAACGGACACCUUCUGUGUGCAGCUGCGACCUCCACACGGGAGGAGGAUAAGGCACGCGUAGCGGCCCUUGCUGGUGCCGGCGUCGACGUCCUUUUGUUGGACAGUUCGCAAGGCAACACAUUCUACCAGGUAUCAUUUAUAAAGUGGGUGAAGAAGACAUUUCCUCAUUUGGAGGUGGUGGCGGGUAACGUCGUGACGCAGGACCAGGCCAAGAAUCUUAUUGAUGCUGGUGCUGACGCCAUCCGGAUUGGUAUGGGAAGCGGAAGCAUUUGUAUCACGCAGGAAGUCCUUGCAUGUGGCCGUCCACAGGCUACAGCAGUGUACAAGGUGUGCCGCUAUGCCGCAUCACGAGGGGUGCCAUGCAUUGCGGAUGGUGGUCUGCGAAGUGUUGGUGACAUUUGCAAAGCUCUUGCUAUUGGUGCAAACACCGCUAUGCUUGGCUCCAUGCUUGCUGGUACUUCAGAGACUCCAGGCAGCUACUUCUUUAAGGAGGGCCUUCGCCUUAAGGCAUACCGUGGUAUGGGAAGUCUUGAAGCCAUGUCGCAGGGAAAGGAGUCCGGUAAGCGUUAUCUAUCAGAGAAAGAGACUGUCCAGGUGGCACAAGGCGUGUCUGGAACAGUGCUGGACAAGGGUUCUGUGACGAAGCUCCUUGCGUACAUACACAAGGGUCUGCAGCAGUCAGCUCAAGACAUUGGUGAGAUCGGUUUUGACGCCGUGCGUGAGAAGAUGUACGAGGGGCAGGUUUUAUUUAACCGCCGCAGUCCCAUUGCCCAGAUGGAAGGCGGUGUCCACUCGCUGCACUCAUUUGAGAAGAACUUGUUCACCUCCAAGUUGUAG